AUGUUAUGUGCCCUACAGGAAUUGGAACUGCGUGCUUCAUUUUCCUCACAGGUGUCAUACUUGGUAGACAUGCUCAAAGAACCGGAUUUUACAGAAAAUCGCUUCAAUACCCAGUGGCUUGAUAAUCGUAUUGCCAACAAAGUUCUUCAAAAAGCACCACUCCCGAAACAUGAAAUGGUCGCCGUGAGUAGUGCGGUUAUUGGUCAUGCCAGAGUAACAACAGCUUUUAACAAUUUUAAAAAUGCCGUUGAGCGGGGACAGGUUUGUACAGUCCUCCCUACCAAGGAUCUUACAGAGACAUUUCUUUUCGAUCUUGUAAAAGAUAUGAACAUUUACAAAGUGAUAGUUACGCGCAGUGGACCACUGAAUUACAUAGUCACUUUAAAUGGUGGGAAAACCCAAGUCGAAAUUCGGCUUCUCGGUGAUGGCAGCUUGCUUGUUACUCACCAAGAACGAAGUUACACUUGCAACCUUGAAGAAACGUCUGAUAAGUUUAAGGUCACAAUUGGACGAUCGAUUGUUGUCUUCGAAAAGGAUAAUGAUCCUACUAUACUAAAGUCCCCUUAUACAGGAAAGUUGCUCACGUAUAAAAAGGCUAAUAGAGAAUGGGUCGGUGUUGGUUCGGUAUAUGCUUCAGUCGAAUCCAUGAAACUCGUGUUCAACGUGGAGGUGAAGAAGGCUCCUGGAAGACUUGAGCAUGUUGCCAAGGAAGGGGAUUUGUUAUAUCCUGGAUCGGUCAUUGCUCGUCUUGUCGAUCAGAAGGAUGGCGAGAAGUAUAAGCCAAAACCAUUUUUAGAGACAUUUCCUGAAUGGGCCGAAUUUUCUGAGAACGAGCGUGUUCUUCCUGAAACGAAAAGGCACAACAUAUGUUUCGAUAUGUGUAUGAAUGUACUAAAUGGUUCAAUCCCACCAGGAGCUGACUUUUGCAUGGCCGAUCUUGUUGAUGAACUUUUUUCUUACCUCGAGAGCCCUACCUUGCCAUAUGCGCUUUUCAAACAAGCUCUUAGCUCAAUGGUUAAUCGCCUUCCCGAAAAAUUCUCCUCACGAAUCAAGGAUACUGUCCAAGUAGAAUCUAUGAGGAACUUCGCAUUGGUCAAGUCAAUUCUCGACGAAUAUUUCGGUUCACUAAGCCAUACAGAGUGGGAAACAGCUAAAGCUGUUUGUAACAUGGCUUACCAUAUCUGCGAAAGAUUUGAGAAUGGAAUUCUUUCAAAUACCAGUUAUGUACUGAAUUCUCUUCUUUCUGAAUACAAGCAAUGUGAGAAGUUUUUCGAGGGUCGGGUUUAUGAUGACGCAGUGGCUCUGCUGAAUGAUGAGUUCGGUUCUGACAAGGAUCGAGUGGUCGCUAUGAUUUACUCACAUACACAGCUCAAAGGAAAGAACAAGUUGAUGUUAGCGUUGUUUAAAGCUAUUGAAAAACGUGGUGCUCAUCUGGUUGCUCCGCUCAUCGAAAAUCUUCGGGAAAUUGGCAACAUGUUCCACACAGAUGAAGUGUGCAAUCAAGCGAGACAACUUCUAUUGCAAAACAGCCGAAUAAAAUAUAGGAAGUUCCUUAAUAAGGCGAAGAGGGACUCCAAAGAAGUGUUAUCGGUGAAUGAAGCCGUUUCCAAAUUACGAAGCAUUUUUGCACAAAUGAUGGAUAACGGUAUGAGUCCAAAGGAUAUGUUAAACGCAAGUCCUUGGAUUCAUAAAGUCAUACAUGAGUUUUUCUUUGAUGAGAAAUUGGCUGAUUUCGCCAUUCGUGCCUACAUUGGGCUGCAUUUUGCUGUUGAUGACGUCACUUGUUCUGCUCUCUCGUGUCCUAACCAUGAUGCGCAGGUGUACGACUUCUUCGUUGACAAUUCUAACCUGGUACACUAUAUGAUCUCACCUAGUGUAGACAGUAAUCAGUAUUUAUCUAUUAUCAAGUUGAGUGUAAACCAAGACAAUUUCGCGCAAGCAAUAACACACGAAAAUUUGAUUAACUCGUUAGUGAGCAAAUUCUCUGAAUGUGGAAUAAAAUCGAACGGUAUCCGCUCACAGCUUCGUGUGACAUUAUUGGUUAAUGUCAUACAAAAGACUACACCCGCUGAGUCCAAGAAAGGCUUCCGUGAGGCUCAACUUGAGGAACUCCCGUUUCACUCGGAUUAUGACGAUCUGAUUGUUUCCGAGGCUGAGAAUGCUUCGAUCGUAAUUCGCAAUGCACUGGCAAAAAAACUUGUGGCUGUAGAUAUUAUUACCCACGUGCUUGUUUGCAGUCCUUAUAAGCCAUUAACGCAGGUGCGCCUUUGGCUUUCACUACAUCCGAUAACAUAUCAGUGUUUGUCUUAUUUCACUCAGACUCUUGAUAUUGUUGGUUCAACUGUUUCUGCCCAACUUGAUAGUGCCUGUGGAGCUAUCAACGUUUCAAUGCGCAAAUUCAAGAAGAACAUCUUUGUGUCAAACCAUGUCUUCAUGUAUGUAACCUUUCCGAAAAUGCCAAUAACGUUCACAGUAGAACACCAGAAUGAUCUUGAUUUCCUUUUCGAAGAUGCCAUCAAGGAACAGCGAGAUGUUUUGUACAAACAUCAUGUCACAGAGGUGGAGAUUGUGUUCACCAAAUUGUCGGAAAAUGGAGGAGUUCGUCAGCUCUGGCGGCGUCGCAUAAAAUUCUUGGACGAAACCGGCGUAACUCCCGAGUUCGGCAUCUAUGAUGAAUAUAAGACCAUAAUAUUCCCACAAAAGUUGUCCCACUUGCUUUACAAAAAUAAGCUAGAACCGCACACCAAGAUCAAGAAAAUUGAGAAGAAACGAUCCUCGACUAGGGCAAAUGGGACUACAUACGUUUACGAUUAUCCCACCUUGAUUGGACGUGCAUGUCUCGAGGAGUGGAAGAAAUUGCAGGACCGUUGCGAGGGUGUGGUAGAGGGGUGUGAGAGGAACCUCUUCCAACAACAGUUCGAAAUGUUAACACACCUUCAACAAACUGCUUUCAACAAUGGUGAUUAUCGACAAUUUUUCUCCGAGGAAGAGUUGGUCGUUAAGAAUGGUGAAAUCGUGCACAUCUCGGAUAAAGACGAAUUAAAACAACGUGCUGAUAACUGCAACAACGAAGCUGGAAUGGUUGCUUGGAAGUUGAGAUUAUACACUCCUGAGAAGCCUCGUGGUUAUACCAUUAUCGUGAUAGCAAAUGAUAUCACAUUCCAAUCGGGAUCAUUCGCUACUCCGGAAGAUACACUAUACAGUUUAGCUUCUGAAUAUAGUCGCAAACACAAAUUGCCUCGCGUUAAUGUCUCAUGCAAUUCUGGUGCUCGCAUCGGUCUUUGCGAGGAUGUUUCGAAAGCAUUCCGUGCAAAAUUCAAGGAUCCUUCACACCCAGAGGAGGGUUUUGAAUAUUUGUAUGUCGACGGAGGUGAAGAGCAAAAUCUAAAGGAACAAAUUCUGUAUGAUAGGCUGCCAAAUGGUUUGCUGCGUCUAAAGGCUAUUAUCGGAAAACCGAAUGAGUAUAUCGGUGUGGAAAACCUGCAAGGAUCUGGAAUGAUUGCUGGGGAAACAUCGGCAGCAUACGAUGACGUACCCACGUACUGCCUUGUCACAGGAAGGACUGUAGGCAUUGGAGCAUACACUGCACGCCUUGCUCAUCGUAUUGUGCAGACUCGCUCGUCUCAUCUGAUUCUCACUGGUGCGCCUGCCCUGAACACUUUGCUGGGAAAAGAGGUGUAUACAUCGAACAACCAACUUGGAGGCAUUCAAAUCAUGUUCAAGAAUGGAGUAACGCACGCCGUCGUUAAUGACGAUUUCGAAGGAAUCUGUAAGAUCAUACAGUGGAUGAGCUACUUGCCUGAUGAGAUUCCAACUUUUCCCUACCGUCGCAGUUUGGGCUUCGACUCUACUCCACGUCCAGUGAAGUUUGCAAUUGAACCUAAUAAGCCAUACGAUAUUCGCCGGCUGAUCGACAGUCGAGAUUCGGAGGAAAUUCGCGGAAUUUGUGACUCUAAUUCCUUCGACGAGAUCAUGAAUGACUGGGCGAAAACGAUCAUUGGUGACUUUAUAGCUUUUCUUUUCCAGUCUGCACUUGCAUUGAGCACAUUUCAGUCAAUUGAAAUUCACCAAGCCGGUCAAGUGUGGUAUCCGGACUCGGCGUUCAAAACAGCUGAGGUUAUUGGCGACUUCAACCGGGAGGGCUUACCGCUUUUGUUUAUCGCAUCUCUGCUUAAAACCAUUCGCAUUAAAUUAUCACUCUGCUUAGAUAUGUUCGAAAUGGUGCUCAAGUUUGGUGCUCAAAUAGUAGAUGCUCUUCGGCAGUAUCGGAUGCCAGUAAUAAUUUAUAUACCUUGUCAAGGAGAGCUUCGUGGUGGUGCUUGGGUUGUGCUAGACAGUAAAAUCAAUCCUGGAUUCAUAAGCAUGGUAGCUGACAAGGAAUCACGAGGAGGUGCGGAAUUUAUUCUGUUGUCCUUAGAUUUCGUUUUCAAGCACCAAAAGUAA